CCUCGGCUCGGGAUGCCCCUUGAUUCGUCCUGGGCUCAAGUCGCGAUCCCUGCUUGAGUGUCCCGGGGUGGGGGACCUGGAAGUUUUAGCCUAGCUGUUCUGGAGGAGGAGUAAUUAGUCCAAGAAACAUUAUAUUCAUGCUUAGGUGGAGAAAAGCAGGGCUAGAAUUGGAACCCAAAGCCCAGAAUGGCAAGAGAGGAUGUGGGGGCUCCACCCGAUCAUCUCUGGGUUCACCAAGAAGGUGUCUACCGCGACGAAUAUCAGCGCACAUGGGUAGCUGUGGUGGAAGAGGAGACAAGUUUCAUAAAGGCUCGAGUCCAGCAAGUUCAGGUUCCCUUAGGUGAUGCAACUAAGCCAAGUCACCUUCUUACUUCCCAACUACCUCUCAUGUGGCAACUCUACCCAGAGGAGCGCUACAUGGAUAACAACUCUCGCUUGUGGCAGAUUCAGCAUCAUUUAAUGGUCAGGGGAGUACAGGAACUACUGCUUAAACUUUUGCCUGAUGAUUAACCUGGUGCUGGAAUUCUAGGAAGAUAUGCUCCUCUGUUCUAUUCAUUAUAUGGCAAUCACAUCAUUCACCACUGCAGUGCUCCAACCCAUGGCACCGGGUGGGGAAGAAGUAGUCUGAAAAACUAAAGAUGUUUAGGAAGGGCCAUG